CUUACACAGAGCACGUGCUGGCUGCCAGAGGACAAGCCGUGUCAGGAAGACAGUGGCAGGGAAGAUAACAGGAAAUGAGUAAGAACCUGUGAAAGCCCUUUGACCGGAGGAGUCGCACAAAGCUGAGAUUACCUGCUCGAUAUGAAAGGUAAUUACCCUUGGAGCGUGAUUUUGCCAGCUGAAGGCAGUUUACAUUCGGAGUUCCGCGGACUCUCCCGAGGCUGUAAAAAUGUCGGAGCCACGAAAGCCUCCAAAGAGCUGCUGCUCGCCUUGCUGCUGCUGCUGCUGCCGCCCCUGCCCGUGCUGCAGCUGCUACUCCUGCUGCUGCUGUUGCUGCUUGUUGCUGAUUGUUGCUGUUGCUGGCUGCUGUUUACUGUUUGCGGCUGGCUGGAUCGCUGGAUUGCUGAUUGCCAGUCGGAGAAAUCCCGAGGAUGAAGAUCAAACUUGCCCCAAGGAACAAGACGACCCUAAGAAGUAGUCUAAUGAUUUCAAUACCCCCUUUCCCCCUCUGACCUUUCUCGCUUACCUUAUGCUGGGGGAUCGGAAGGGUGGCAGCAAAAAGAACCCAAUAAAGUAGCCAAAAGUAAA